UUCCAAUCCCAGCAACGGUCCCGCUUCAGCUCAUUAGCGCCUCCGCGCGAGACGCGUCUCGCGGCCAUGGCCAUGCGCAAGCGUCUCGCUCCAGCGAUCACGGUGAUUGCAGGUCGACAGCACUCCUUCGUGGCCAGUGAGGCCACAUUGGACAUUAUCUUGCAGUCAAAGCCAUGGCCGAGCUGGUUGCGGCAGGAGAUGCGCAGCAACUGGGCCGGCGAGACUGGUGCUGUCGCCAUCUAUCGGGGUUGCCAAAGUGCUUUGCCCUCCGUGGCAUGUCGUGCGAAGCGACACGAGCUGCAGAAGUUCGUGGAGGAACACGUGGCCUCCGAGGAAGCACAUUUGCGUGCCAUGGAGUUCUUAGUCUCUCAGCCAGGGGAGCGCAGUUGGAUGCCGGCGACGGCCUUCGGAUGGGCCCUUGGCUACCUCUCCACCAAGGCCCGUGGCGAGCACGGGAUGUAUGUCACCACGCGAGCCGUGGAGUCCUUCGUGGAGGAGCAUUAUGGCGAUCAGAUUGCGCGUCUGGAAGCAGAACUUCGGGCGGGGCUUGCGCAGCCGACAGAGGCCUACACAGCACUGUUGGAGGUCCUUCGUGGUGCUUGUGCUGAUGAGGUUGCUCACAAGGAGGAUGCCGCAAAGCGGAUCGACGGAGGAUCAAGCACAUCAGUACUCAUGGACAGCUUGCACUUUUCGGCGGUGUACUGGGCCUCCCGUGUGGGAGCGGCCAUCGCCAAGCGUGUCUAGUCCCGCGGGAGUCCCGCGGCCUUCCGACUGUACACCGCGGAGUGGGAGAAAACGCG